AUGCAGCGCAAUACGAACCUGCCUGCGGAAGAGUAUCUUCAGCAGAACCACGUUACUGAGAUGCUCGAGGAGAUGGUCUCCGACCUUCUCGUAAGAAGACCAGCUAAUGUUCGUGAACACAUGAUUCAAUUCUUGCAAAAUUAUGUUCCACCACAAUCAAGAGCAGCUAUGGCUCAGCCAAACUCCGCACGUGUUGGUUUCCAAGAGAAGUUUACACCAGCAAGACGUUUCUCUUGCAUUUCCCAAGAUGCGCUCGUUAAGUCCCGCGAUUUCCGUCGUCGUGGAUUUUCUUCUAAAUCUAUUUCAGACACAAAAAUCGAAAUCAAAACAUAUCCAAAGUCACCAGAGCAGAUCCAAAUUCUCGAAGGAAUCGUUAAGAAAGUUUCAUUCUUAUCUUUUCUUCAGAAAGAGCAGACAAAAGCUCUCAUCGAUGCAAUGUUCCCAAUGGAAUUCGAAGACGGAAAGGUUAUCAUCAAGCAAGGUGACCGCGGCGACAAUUUUUAUGUCAUCCAAAGCGGUUUAGUCGAUAUUUUCAAGAAAGUCGGAGACCAACCAGAGAAAAAGGUCGCUCAGAUUGGCGAUGGCGCUUACUUCGGUGAACUUGCCCUUAUGACAGGUGCUCCAAGAGCUGCUACAGUUAUCGCUCACGGCUCCGUCAAAUGCUGGGCUAUCGACCAGACAACCUACCUCUACUUGUUGAAGGACGUCCAUUACCAGAGACGUCAGAGAUGCAAGGAAAUUAUCACAAAAGUUCCUCUUCUCGCCGAAAUUCCUGACUACCAGGCCCUUCUUAUCGCAGAAAGCUUGGUUUCCCAGGAUAUCCCAGAGAAAACAACUAUCAUCAAACAGGGAGAACAAGGUGAUAAAUUCUAUGUUAUUCUCGAUGGUGAAGCAGACGUUAUUGUUAAUGGAAAGACUGUCAACCACUUGAAAGCAGGUAACUACUUCGGAGAACUCGCUCUUAUUUACUCCAGCGCUCGUGCCGCAUCUGUCAUCUCUACAACACCAAUGAGUAUCGCUUAUAUUUCAGCAGAUAUCUUCAGAAAGGUCGCUGAUAAAUGCAAGUCUACUUUCCAUGCUAACGAAAUGACAUACAAGAAACCAGAGUAA